GUUAUUGUGAAGCAAGAGCUUAUAGUUAGGAUAUAAAAGCUGAUGAGUCGUUCUGACAUUUAUUCUGUGUUUGCUUACAAGACAGACUAACGAAUACACCUAAAAUGGUUUCCAAGGCCGUCAUCAUCUGCACCCUUGCCUUCAUAGGACAGGCUAUCAGCGGGCCGAGCUGCUACAAAGCUAUCUCCCCCAAGCUAGCUAGCUCUUCUAGCUACUCCUCCGGUAGCGGCCAGUCCAUCGUCAUCUCCAACAGCGGCGGCGAGCUUCUCAUCAGCGCUCUCGGCCCCAUCGCGCCCUCUGGAAUCGCCGUCGCCACCGAGCUCGGUCUGGCGGGAGACCUGGAGCUGUCCGGCGAGCUGCCGUACCUGAGCGCGGUGGAGUUCCAGGGCCAGUUCGACACCAGCGGCUCGGCGCAGGUCUCGUACGGCUGCGGCGACAGCGUUGCCAUCACCCAGGUGCUCGGCAACCCAAGCGGCGCCAACGCCAACCUCAAGUCUGGCUCGUCCAAGAUCAUCAGCUGUGGUUGCGGUAAAUACUAAAAAGUCCUUUCCACGGAGAGCUGCAAUUGCAAACUUCAAUAAAAUGUUUGUUUGCAUUUUAAACGAAUAAAAUAUUUAGUAAAAAACAUUUUA